UUAAAAUCAAAUUAUGAAAAUUGGUUUUUAUUAUUAUUAUUGACAUUUGACGCAUAUGACACUAUUUAGCGACAUGUGCCGCAUUAGAUGCGUCAGUUACUAAAUAGGAAAUAAAAAUAAGAAAAAUUCCUCUAAAAAUCUAUUUAUACAUCUUUACAGUUCUAAAAAAAAUUUGAACAAGUUUAAAAAUAAUAAAUAUAUCAUGUUCUAUAAAUAAUUUAAUAGCAAACUUCACGCGUGUAUACACGAAAAAGCGCAAAAAUAAUUAAUGGCAAAUCCCGGAAAUUUCAAUCAAGGUAAUGUUCGGUGCGCGAUAUAUGGUAAACCCGAAUCGAAGGAAGAGGAGGAUGUGGUGUGUUUCUUUAGAUCGUGCCGUUGUUUAAGCACACAGCAUGUGUCACGAUCUGACACGGGGCAUCCCGUGGAGGCGGAGCCACCGUUUCAUAAAGGGAGUUGCGUUGUACUUCCGUCAUUCACGCUACCGUAUAUCGGACGGGAUGGAUGACGUCAGAAGUACACAGUCUGCCACCGAAUACUUGUACGUUUCAUACCCCUAUCAGGAUUACUCGUAUAGAAGACGAAGUUACGUGUACGCUCCCUCUCAACCCAAUACUGUGGCUAGAAGGAACGAAAGAGAGCGCAAAAGGGUCAAGUUGGUCAAUUUAGGUUUCGCAAGAUUACGUCAGUACAUACCUCACUCCAACAAAAGUAAAAAAUUGAGCAAAGUGGAAACUUUGAGAUCUGCAAUCGAUUAUAUUAAACGGCUACAGCAGUUACUCGAAGAACAAGAUGAUUCUGGAAUAUAUUUUGAAGAUCCUAAUCAGGAUUUGACGGAUCUUUCGAGAUAUCCUGAAGGAUACACCAUAAUCUCCAGGUAUUCUAAUGGAUCUACAUGGACCACUUCCAAUAAUAUCAUUGGAGAUCCUAAUUAUUGUAGUAACUCCAUGGAUGAUGUCAGAUAUUUCGCUUGUUCUGUAAGUAAACCCGUAAAAAUUUUUUAG